AUGUGCUCAUCUCCAUCGAGCAAGGCAGUGCUCCAGAACUCUCCGCCAACGUGGUGGAUCCAAUUCAGCUCUCUGUAUUUGGCCAUAGAUUCAUGUCAAUUGCAGAGCAGAUGGGUCGAACUUUGCAACAAACUGCCAGUUUCUACCAAUAUUAAAGAACGGCUAGAUUUUUCUUGUGCCAUAUUUGACAAAAAUGGUGAUUUGGUAGCAAACGCUCCCCAUGUUCCUAUUCAUCUAGGAGCCAUGUCGUUUGCCGUGAAGGCUCAACUAGAAAUGUGGAAGGGGAAACUCGAUCAUGGGGACGUUCUCGUCACCAACCAUCCUCUGGCAGGCGGAUCACAUUUACCUGAUAUUACAGUGAUAACUCCUGUUUUGGAUGAAGAUAAGAACCCUAUUUUCUGGACUGCUUCACGAGGUCACCAUGCAGAUAUAGGGUCUAUUUCUGCUGGUUCAAUGCCUCCAAAUUCGAAAACUAUCUUUGACGAAGGUGCUGCAAUCAUGACUUUCAAGUUGUGCUCGAACGGGAAAUUUGAUGAGGCUGGAAUCACCAAGUUGCUUGUUGACGAGCCUGCUAAGCAUCCUGGUGGUUCCGGGUCUCGUGCUUUGAGCGAUAACCUUUCUGAUCUUAAGGCUCAGGUCUCUGCCAACUAUAAGGGUAUCACCUUGUUAAAGGACUUGAUCGAUACAUUCUCAUAUUCAGUUAUCGACUUGUACAUGGGUGCCAUUCAGUCAACAGCAGAGGUUGCUGUCAAGAAUCUUUUACGGUAUGCCAAUGAAAAGUUUGAAGGUAAGAAUCUUGAAGCAAUAGAUUAUCUUGACGAUGGAACUCCAAUUGCUCUCAAGAUUGUUAUAAACGCUUCAGAGGGUACUGCAGAGUUUGACUUUACAAACUCCGGCAACGAGAUGUACGGCAAUUUGAAUGCUCCCAAAGCUAUCUUGUAUUCUGCUGUUUUGUAUGUGUUGAGAUCAUUGAUAAGCAGCGAUAUUCCUCUCAAUAAUGGAUGUUUACGGCCUAUCAAGUUCAAGACCCGUGAAGGCUCGGUGGUGUCUCCUUCGUCUGAAGCAGCAGUGGUAGGUGGAAACGUGGAAACAACCCAGCGUAUAGUAGAUGUAAUGUUGAAGGCAUUUGAAGCAGCUGCAGCAUCUCAAGGAACCUGCAAUAAUUUUACUUUUGGUGUCUCCAACAAAGAGAAGGGAAUUUCGUUUGGAUACUACGAGACCAUCUGUGGUGGAUCGGGAGCAGGGCCAACUUGGGAUGGUCAGAGUGCUGUGCAAUGCCAUACCACGAAUACCAGAAUCACCGAUACUGAACUUUUUGAAAAAAGGUAUCCGGUUAUUGUGCAUAGAUUUCAAAUCAGGCACGGUCUGGGUGGCAGCGGUGUGCGCCAUGGCGGAAAUGGAGUCAUCAGAGACAUUGAGUUUACGUUUGAUGAUCUUGAAGUUUCCUGUUUAACGGAAAGACGAGCACUCGCACCUUUCGGAAUUUUGGGCGGAAAAGAUGGACUUCGGGGAACGAACACCUGGUACCGCAAGGAGGCUACCUCUGAUACCUACAGGGAGAUUUCGUUAGGAGGCAAGUGUACAGUUCGGGUGCAAAAAGGUGAUCAUGUCAUCAUUAUGACUCCAGGUGGAGGAGGGUACGGUGACCCAAAUCUGAAGCUAAAGAACGUUGACUAUAAAAUUACUAGCGCUCCGCCUGCUAUAUAUACCGGGUCAGUGGGGAUGAGGGCAGCAACCCAGGAAUCCAAUUGA